CUCGAGGGAGCGAUCGCCAUGGAGGUCGGAUCCGCCCUGGCGCUGCUCCUCCUGCUGCGACACGCCGGAUCCACCGAUUUCGCCUAUUAUGAUCUAGUGCAAUCCGGACAGAGAUCUUCAAACGUGCGGACGGAAACUCACGGAUCGACGCUCGUAACUUGCAUCAUCCUUUGCGCCAGGGAGAGCCCCGGCCCUUGCCACGGCUUCAACUACCGUAAAAGCGACCGCCGGUGUCAACUGAUUCUUCCUGGAAAUGACCUCCUCGCGCCAUCCGAUGGAUUCUGGACUUUCGUCUUGAACGAGGAACAGCACGCGUAUCCAGAAUGUCUGCUGACGGAGAAGGGCAGGGAAUACGUCGGAAGAACGAACGUGACGGCAUCGGGAAGGGAAUGCCUGACAUGGGCCGACAUGCCCUAUGGACUCCCCAACGGUUUUUUAUCCAUGGAGCACUGGGAGAACUUCCUCGACCUGAAUGCCUCGUCCCAACACAAUCACUGCCGGAACCCGACCUGGAGGGAGGGACCCUGGUGCUUCGUCUCCGAUCCUAACAUCCAAUGGGAAUACUGCGACAUCCCGAUGUGCACUGACUUGGAUCCACCGGAAUUCAAACUGAGCAGCAAGGGAAGAGAAUACGUGGGGAAACGGAGCGAGUCGAUUUCCGGGUUACCGUGUGCGCCUUGGCUCAGCCACAUCGAGAGCAGCGAACACCUCCUGCCAGGAUUUUCGGACGACGUGGACGCGAGCCACAGGUUCUGUCGCAAUCCCAACGGCCACCCCCACGGUCCUUGGUGCUACGUCGACGCAGACUACGGACCCGAAUGGGAAUAUUGCGACGUUCCUUUCUACUCUGAAGCCCAUGGGGAACGAUGCGACGUUCGCAUCGGAGGCAAUUGCAUU